AUGGGUUGCUUUGGUUUUCUAAAAAUGAUGAUGUUCAUCUUCAAUGGCAUCAUUUUUAUGGCUGGUGCCGGAAUCCUUGCAGUGGGGAUCUGGGUGAAGGUGGACAGUGGGUCAAUAUUGCAGUUACUGCAGUCUCUAAAGGGCGUGGAUGGCCUGGAGCAGCUCCUGAACGUGGGCUAUCUGCUAAUCGCUGUAGGAGCACUGCUGCUUCUUCUAGGCUUCUUGGGCUGCUGUGGAGCCGUUAAAGAGAGCAGGUGCAUGCUACUGCUGUUCUUUGUCAUUAUCCUGAUACUCUUCAUUGCAGAAGUGGCAGGAGCAAUAGUAAUACUAGUCUUCAGAGGAGUUGUGGACCAACUGAUAGCAAAAUUGGGCACAGCUGCAGUGAAAAAUAUUCAAAAAGAAUAUGGAAAAUCUGCUGACAUCACAGGCUUGUGGAACGCUACGAUGGAUGUGCUCAAGUGCUGUGGAUUUUACAACUUCACAGAUUUCACUGAUUCUCCUUUCUUCGAAAAUAACAAUCUCUAUCCAAGUCCGUGCUGUACAUCCGGGCUGUGUGAUUACAGCAAUGCUCAUAACUCAACCGUUUCAGGUUGCUUUCCAAAGGUGGUAAAACUGAUGGAUGAGAAUUCAAUCCUCAUAAUAGGUGUGGCUUUCGGUAUUGCUGUUCUUGAGCUGGCAGCAAUGUCUGUCUCUAUGAGCAUGUACUGCAAAAUAGGCUCCAAACUGGGUUAA